GUUCAACUUCCUUCUCAUUACCGCUGAGUUUCCGCCCUCUCAGUUUCGUCAUUGGCCAUUCCUUUGCUAUUGGGCCUAGUAACAAAACGAAAAUUUCCGCGCUUUCAGCUCACAAAUUGAAGAAGAGUGGCGGGAGCUGUUGUCAACCUGGGGCUGUUGUCAAGAAGUUACAUUGAUAGGCAUUCAUAACUUCGUUAUAAUCGCACCAGCCGUUGAUCUGCCGUAGUCUUGACAGGUUUCACAGUGAGAUUAGUCCUACGAUUGGGCAUGGAUUAUAAAAGACGCAAUGGUGGCCCUUAUAUGGGUGGUGCGUCCCAGGCCAAACGGGAUAAAACAGCUGGUGAAUGGGAGGACAGUCCAUCACAGUUUGAAGAGGAAUUGUCCAUGUUCGACGAAGCAGAGAUGGAGGCAGAGGAGAUGGAGGGGCAGGCAGGUCAUGAUGUCAUUCCUGUAGGUGACCUCUUCUCAGCAGACCUUAACCCUCGUUGGCGGCGGCCUCAUGCCCCUUCACUGGACCCAUCAUCUGAUACUUUGGUGUUUCAGCAGAUUGAUCUUGACUAUUAUUUAGGGGCAACAGUGGCUGGCAUGCCUGGCCAGUCACAGGGAAAAGUCCCAAUCAUUCGAAUGUUUGGGGUGACAGACAGUGGCAACAGUGUGUGUUGCCACAUCCACGGUUUUGCACCUUACUUCUAUGUUCCUGCACCAAGCGGGUUCACAUCUGAUUACCUGGGUGAAUUUAAAAGAGAGUUGAACUCUGUUGUCCUGAAGGACAUGCGAUCCAAUAAGGACAACAUCUCUGUCACAGUUUUGGCUGUGGACAUUACCCGCAAAGAGAGCAUGUAUGGUUACCAUGGAAAACGCAGUCUGGAUUUUUUGAGGAUAACAAUGGCGAUGCCUCGUCUCAUUGCCCCAGCAAAGAGACUGCUGGAGCAGGGCUUCAAGUUUGGACCUUUCCCCAUCCAGGUUUACCAAUCCUUUGAGGCCAACAUAGAUUUUGAGAUAAGAUUUAUGGUGGACAGUGAUGUGGUGGGAUGCUGCUGGAUUGAACUUCCCAAAAGCAAGUACAGAGUGCGUGAAGAGAAAAGCAUGGGGGGCACGGAUGCUCGGUACCCAGGCAAGGAGUCCUUGUGUCAGUAUGAGGUGGAUGUGGGAUGGACAGAUUUGAUAAGACACCCUGCAGAAGGAGACUGGCAAAGGAUCGCACCGCUCAGGGUCCUCAGCUUUGACAUCGAGUGUGCAGGAAGAAAAGGAAUCUUCCCAGAAGCAGACAAAGACCCUGUGAUUCAGAUAGCAUCUAUGGUGCAGCGGCAGGGGGAGACAGAGCCCUUCAUUCGCACUGUGUUCACUCUUCAGUCCUGCGCCAGCAUCGUGGGCUCUCAGAUAUUGUGCUUUACACAGGAGAAACAGCUACUGCAGAGCUGGGCGGAGUUUUUGAGGACGGUGGACCCAGACAUUAUCACUGGAUACAACAUCCAAAACUUUGACUUUCCCUACUUGAUUGACAGGGCAACUGCUUUAAAGGUGAAUCUCUUUCCUUACCUCGGCCGAGUGCGAGGCAUCAAGUCAGUCUUGCGAGAAUUAAACUUCCAGAGCAAGCAGAUGGGCCGCAGAGAGAACAAGACCAUUAACAUGGAGGGCCGAGUUCAGUUUGAUCUCCUGCAGGUUCUUCUCAGGGACUAUAAACUGCGCUCGUACACACUGAACGCAGUGAGUUUCCACUUCCUGCAAGAGCAGAAAGAGGAUGUGCAGCACUCCAUCAUCACUGAUCUGCAGAAUGGGAAUGAACAAACACGUCGUCGUUUGGCUGUCUACUGCCUGAAAGACGCCUACCUCCCACUCCGCUUGCUGCAGAAGCUGAUGUGUGUGAUUAACUACAUGGAGAUGGCCAGAGUGACCGGUGUGCCUCUCACCUACCUGCUAUCAAGAGGACAGCAGAUCAAAGUCGUCUCUCAGCUGCUGCGACAGGCCAUGAAACAGGACCUGGUCAUGCCUGUUGUAAAAGCAGGAGGAGGAGAAGACUACACUGGAGCGACUGUCAUUGAGCCAGAGAAAGGGUAUUACAGUGUCCCUAUUGCCACCCUGGAUUUCUCCUCCUUGUAUCCGUCCAUCAUGAUGGCUCACAAUCUGUGCUACACCACCCUGCUGCAGAAAGGCUCAGCAGAGAAACAGAGCCUCUCACCAGAGGACUUCAUCAAGACUCCGACUGGUGAUCUGUUUGUGAAGAGCUCUGUGAGGAAAGGACUUCUACCUGAGAUCCUGGAGAAUCUGCUGUCUGCCAGGAAGAGGGCCAAAACGGAGCUAAAGAAGGAGACUGACCCUUUCAAGAGGCAGGUGCUGGACGGCCGACAGCUCGCACUCAAAAUCAGCGCAAACUCCGUCUAUGGCUUCACAGGUGCUCAGGUGGGCAAGCUGCCCUGCCUAGAGAUCUCACAGAGUGUCACAGGUUUUGGAAGACAGAUGAUCGAGCAAACUAAACAGUUGGUGGAGUCCAAGUACAACAUUUCCAAUGGUUACCAAGGUGAUGCCAAGGUAAUUUAUGGGGACACAGACUCCGUCAUGGUUAAGCUUGGAGUUGCUACGGUGAAGGAGGCUAUGGAUAUUGGGACGGAGGCAGCAGAGUGGGUAUCGUCCCAUUUCACACCGCCCAUCAAACUGGAGUUUGAGAAGGUGUACUACCCAUACCUGCUGAUCAACAAGAAGCGCUACGCUGGCCUCUAUUUCUCCGCCAGUGCAGACACGCAUGACAAGAUGGACUGUAAAGGCAUUGAGACUGUCCGCAGAGACAACUGCCCUCUGGUGGCUAACCUCAUCAACACCUGUCUGCAGAGAAUCCUCAUAGACAGGGAUCCCCAGGGUGCUGUGGCUCAUGCUAAAGAAGUGAUCUCAGACCUACUGUGCAACCGUAUCGACAUCAGCCAGCUUGUCAUCACCAAGGAGCUGACGCGCACCGCCCAGGAGUAUGCUGGCAAACAGGCACACGUGGAGCUGGCUGAGAGGAUGAAGAAAAGAGAUGCUGGCAGCGCCCCGAAUUUGGGAGACCGAGUUCCAUACGUCAUUAUUAAGGCUGCAAAGGGAGUAGCAGCAUACAUGAAGUCAGAGGACCCCAUCUUUGUCCUGGAGAACAACAUUCCUAUAGACACACAAUACUACCUGGAGCAGCAGCUGUCCAAGCCCCUGCUGAGAAUAUUUGAGCCAAUCCUGGGAGAGAGCAAGGCAGAGAACAUCCUGCUCAAGGGCGACCACACGCGCUGCAAGACUGUGUUGACCUCGAAAAUCGGGGGCCUCAUGGCAUUUGCUCAGAAGAGAAGCACCUGCAUUGGCUGCAAAGCUGUGCUCAAGACGGACGCGGCUGUGUGCGAUUUCUGUAAGAAGAAGGAGUCUGAAUUGUACCAAAAAGAGAUCUUUCACCUCAGCACACUGGAGGAGCGUUUCUCUCGCCUGUGGACUCAGUGUCAGCGUUGCCAGGGCUCCCUCCAUGAGGAUGUGCUCUGUACCAGUCGGGAUUGUCCCAUCUUUUACAUGAGAAAGAAAGUUCAGAAAGAUUUGGAUGACCAGAGUAAGCUGGUGGAUCGUUUUGGAUGGUGAGAGGCGCACACACACUCAAUCCUCACGUGCCUCAUUUCAGAUGACCAUGGAAUCACUCAAUUUUUCUUUCAUGUUUUUGGGUGCUUGUAUAAAUGCAUAUAUAUCACUAUUUCUAUGUUUUUCUAAUAUGACAUUUAGUGUUUUUGUAAAAUAAAAUCAAAAAUCAAUCUAUUC